UUCCAAGCUGCUGUGUUUCAGUAAACAUGGCGAAGGAACAUGCGAAGCCUGGCAGCUGCUCUGUUGUCGGCUGCACUAGCCAGCACAGAAGUCUGUUUUUACCUCCUUUGUCUGAGGGUUUGAGGGCCCAGUGGAUUAAUUUCAUUUUCGAGGGAGAUGCACCCGCAAGUACGCCUAAAAAGUUGUAUGUGUGUGCUCACCAUUUCACUCCGGACUGCUUUCACAACGAGGGCCAGUUUACAUCAGGGUUCGCCAAGAUGCUGAAGCUAAAGCAUGGAUCGCUUCCAACUGUCCGUGACCAAGCUGCAAACGGGGAAGCUGUCAGCACAUCAACUGCAACCAUAGAUGUUCGUGCAUCAAGGGAUGCUGCAUGCCAGAUUGACCCACUGGAGACCCAUUCUGUAGGCACACAGCUGUCCUGGAGGACUCUACAGUCUCAUGUCAGAAGUAAAGGUGUCCAGGCUACUGUGUCCUGCAAGAAUUUUGGUGUUGGGACAUCCACUACAGAUCCUUUUUAUUUAUCAACACCAGUAAAGAGACCCUCAAAAAGAUCUCGUCUCGACCUGGACGAGGAGCGGGAGCAGGAUUCUGAUCCACUACAGGGCACCUCUUCAGUAGCAGCUUCAGAAGGGCAGGACUCCACCUAUGACCCUUCAGACUCUGUCUCAUUGACAGAGUCAACAGUUUUGUCAGAUGAAGCAUCCACCCCCAGCCACAAGAUACAAAAAUACAUAGUAUAUGAGAGCUGCCUUUUGGAGUUGUUUGCUGUGUGUCCUGUGUGCAUGCGGGUGUGUGAAGUGAAGACCCGAAAGCUGGGGACAUUCCUGUCCGUGGAGCAGCGGUGCCCCCGUUGUGAAUUCUACAGACAAUGGAAAAGCCAGCCUGUCCUUGGCAGCACUCCAGCCGGGAACCUUCACCUUUCUGCAGCUGUGUACUUGAGUGGAGCAUCUUUCUUCCAAAUUGAACGGGUCUUCAAGGCAAUGCAGCUGCAGUUAUUUCAAUAUGACACGUUUCGCCGGCAUGCCAGAUCCUUCGUUGAGCCUGCAGUCAUUCACCACUGGAAAACAUUGCAGGAUGUGAUGCUGCAGCGGCUCAGUCAGGAGGACAAAGUAAUCGUUGGUGGCGACAUGAGGGCACACUCUCCAGGCCACUCUGCAAAGUUUGGGAGCUACACAAUGAUGGACCUCAAUACAAACAGCGUUGUGGACAUCCAGUUGGUUCAGAGCAAUGAGGUUGGUGGUAGCUACCACAUGGAGAAAGAGGGCCUGAAGAGGAGUCUGGGAUUGUUGGGUGCACGUGGUGUGACCCUCGACUGCAUUGUUACCGACCGUCAUCCACAAAUACAGAAGUUCCUCCGGGAGAGCAACAUCACCCACUACUGUGAUGUCUGGCACAUGGCAAAAGAAGUGGAAGAAAAGCAUCAGUAA